AUGGCCGCACAAAGAGUCACCGAGGCCACGGAGGACCCGGCUGUAGAUGCCAAAACGCUGUGUAAUGUCGGAGACGCUUCGGCGGAGGCGAGGUCCGUCGACGACAGGUUCGCUGCCAACCCGUUCUCGGACCCUGCGGUCGCGGAGCACUAUAGGACGGUUUACGAAAAGGCGCAGUAUGAGUGCCGCCACGCCUUUGAUCCGGAUCUGGAAUGGUCGAAGGAGGAGGAGCGAAGGCUGGUCAGGAGACUAGAUUGGCAUGUUUGUACCUGGGCGUGCAUCAUGUGCUUCGCGUUACAAGUAGACCGCGAUAAUCUGGGGCAGGCCGUAUCAGGGAAUAUGUUGGACCAGUUGAACCUUUCUACGAACGAGUACAACUACGGCCGCACUAUUUACUACAUCUCGUUCCUCCUCUCUGAGGUGCCGUCCCAGCUCGUCUCGAAGAAGUUCGGCCCCGACAGGUGGAUUCCGGUGCAGAUGGUCAUCUGUGACCUUGUUCUCUGGCUCUCGUAUUUCUACACUAGUCGUGAACUACCAAUGCGGCUCGGCUUCUUCUGGACAGCAAACAGUCUCACCGGAAUCGCCACAUCUUUACUAGCGUUUGCCUUGCUCCAUAUGGAUGGAAUCAAGGGUUUGGCAGGCUGGCGGUGGUUGUUCUUGAUAGAAGGACUGGUGACAUGUACCGUGGGAAUGGCGUCGUUCUUCCUAAUGCCAGCUUCCGCUGUCCAGACGAAGACGUGGUUUCGCCCGGACGGCUGGUUUACCGACCGAGAGGAGCGCAUUGUAGUCAAUCGUGUGCUUCGAGAUGAUCCAUCGAAGGGAGAUAUGCACAACAGAAUGCCGAUCACACCCCAGCGGCUAUGGCGAGCAAUGACUGACUACGACUUAUGGCCUUUAUACGCCAUGGCUUCUGUGAUAUUCAUUCCCACCAACCCGCCUGAGCACUAUCUCACCCUGACGCUCCGUGAGCUGGGCUUUGAUCCGUUCGUUACAAAUUUGCUCGUGAUCCCCAGUACUGCUAUGGGCAUCUUGACCUUGCUGGCUAUCACCUGGGUCAGUGAGCACAUCGAUGAGCGCGGUUUUGUCUCUAUGAUCCAGGGCAUCUGGAGUCUGCCAUGUCUGCUCGCCCUGCGCUUCUGGCCAGGCACAAUGACCGACGCGUGGGGCACCUACGCCGUGGUCACGGUGCUGCUUAGCUUCCCGUACUGUCAGGCCAUCGUGGUCGGCUGGACGAGCAAGAAUUCUGGCUCUGUGCGGACGAGGGCCAUCAGCGCCUCCGUCUUUAGCAUGAUGAAGCAGGUUGGGUCUAUCGCCUCGUCCAACAUCUACCGAGAGGACGACAAGCCGCUGUAUCGCCGCGGGAAUAGCGUGCUUAUUGGGAUCAACAUGUUGGCGAUUGUGCUAUUCCUCUUUACCAAGUGCUAUUAUGUUAUGAGGAACAGGUGGAAGGCACAGCGUUGGGAAUCCAUGAGCGAGGGGGAGAAAAGGGACUACUUGGAGUAUACCAAGGAUCUGGGAAAUAAGAGGUUGGAUUUUAGGUUUGCACAUUAA